AUGCCAAAUCAAACCUCAGUAACUGAAUUUCUCCUCCUGGGAGUAACAGACAUCCAAGAACUGCAGCCUUUCCUCUUCGUGGUUUUCCUUGCCAUCUACUUCGCUAAUGUGGCUGGAAAUGGAGCCAUCUUGAUGGUUGUCAUCUCUGAUCCCAGACUCCAUUUACCUAUGUAUUUCUUCUUGGGAAACCUGUCAUGUCUAGAUAUCUGCUAUUCCACGGUGACACUGCCAAAAAUGCUAGAGAACUUCCUCUCUACACAUAAAACAAUUUCUUUCUUGGGAUGCAUAAGCCAGCUUCAUUUCUUUCACUUCUUUGGCAGUACAGAGGCCAUGUUGUUGGCUGUGAUGGCAUUUGACCGCUUUGUAGCUAUUUGCAAACCACUUCGUUACACUGCCAUCAUGAAUCCUCAGCUCUGUACCCAGAUGGCUGUCACAGUUUGGAUCAUUGGUUUUUUCCAUGCCCUGCUGCACUCCAUAAUGACCUCUCGCCUGAACUUCUGUGGUUCCAACCGUAUUCAUCACUUCUUCUGUGAUGUUAAACCAUUGCUAAAGCUGGCUUGUGGGAGCACUGAGCUCAAUCAGUGGCUGCUCAAUAUCGUCACAGGGACCAUUCCCAUGAGUUCUUUCUUUCUGACGCUUCUCUCCUAUUUCUACAUUAUCACCUAUCUCUUCUUCAAGACCCAUUCUUGCAGCAUACUUCACAAAGCUCUGUCCACUUGUGCCUCCCACUUUAUGGUAGUUAUUCUUUUGUAUGCACCUGUUCUCUUCAUCUAUAUUCGUCCUGCCUCAGGAAGUUCCAUGGACCAAGACCGAAUCAUUACCUUCAUGUACACUGUGAUCACUCCCGUACUAAACCCAUUGAUCUACACUUUGAGGAACAAGAAAGUGAAGGAGGCACUGAAUAGGGUGAUCAGAAAGAGGAUCUGA